CUGAUUUCAGAGAAAACAAGUGUGCCUCUCUCUCUCUCUCUCGCUCUCUCUUUCUCUUUCUGUAUGUGUGUGCAGGAAAAUGGCUGAAGCCAGUAUUUUAGAUCACUUUUCUGUGGAUCAGUUCACCUGUCCAGUGUGUCUGGAUCUUCUGAAGGAUCCUGUGACAACUCGUUGUGGUCACAGUUACUGUAAGGUGUGUAUUAAUGGCUGCUGGGAUCAGGAGGUUGAGAAGGGAGUCUACAGCUGUCCUCAGUGCAGAGACACUUUCACUCCCAGGCCUGUUCUACUCAGAAACAACAUGCUGGCUGAAGUGGUGGAGAAACUGAAGAAGACUGAAGUCCAAGCUGCUUCUCCUGCUCAGUGUUAUGCUGGACCUGGAGAUGUGGAGUGUGAUUUCUGCACCGGGAGAAAACACAAAGCCAUCAAAUCCUGUUUGAUGUGUAUGGCUUCCCUCUGUGAAACUCAUCUUAAACCUCAUCUUGAACGUCCUGGUUUGAAAAAGCACACCUUAAUUGAAGCCUCUUCAAAACUCCAAGAGAAGAUCUGCUCUCAACAUAACAAACUGAUCGAGAUCUACUGUCGUACUGACCAAAGUUGUAUUUGCUUGUUGUGCAUAUUGGAUACUCACAAAGGCCACGACGCUGUUUCACUUUCAGCAGAGAGAACUGAGAAACAGAGGGAGCUAAAGAAGGAGCAGCUGAAAUUCCAGCAGAGAAUCCAGGAGAAGCAGAAGAAGGUGCAGGAGCUGAAACAGGCUGUGAACAUGAUUAAGUCCCGUGCUCAGACAGCAGUGGAGGACAGUGAGAUUAUCUUUACUGAGAUGAUCAGCUUCAUGGAGAAAAAGCGCUCGGAGGUGACGGAGCUGAUCAGAGCUCAGGAGAAGGCUGAAGUGAGUCGAGCUGAACGACUCCUGGAGCAACUGGAGCAGGAGAUCACUGAUCUUAAGAGGAGAGUCACUGAUAUGGAGCAAUUUUCACACACACAAGAUCACAUCCAAUUCCUUCAGAGUUUCCAGUCUCUCUGUGUCUCUUCCGGACGUGAGGAUUCACCCAGCAUCACUGUCCAUCAACAUCUCUCAUUUGAUGGAGUGAGGAAUUCACUCUCAGAUCUGAAAAAGCAAUUCGAGGAAUUCUGCAAGGAGGAAUUCAGCAAAAUCCCUCCACAUGCUGCAGCAGUUCAGAAGAUUUCACCAUCAGAGCCAAAGAGCAGAGAAUAUUUUCUGAAAUAUUUCUGUUAUCUGACUCUGGAUCCCAACACAGCACAUAAUUUCCUCCAUCUGUCUGAAAAGUACAGAGUGGUGACCUGCAAUGGGAGAAUACAGUCGUACUCUGAUCAUCCAGAGAGAUUCAACUCCUGGUUUCAGGUGAUGUGUAAGGAGAGUGUGUGUGGACGCUGUUACUGGGAGGUGAAGUGGAGUGGAGGUGUGUACAUCUCAGUCUCAUAUAAAGAUAUAAGGAGGAAAGGACGGGAUAAAGAGUGUUGGUUUGGACGCAACAGUCAGUCCUGGAGUCUGUGGUGUUCUUCUUCUUCUCUGUCUUUCUGGCACAGUGACAUUAAAACUGAACUCGGAGUUCCAUCAUCCUCCAGAAUAGGAGUGUAUGUGGAUCACAGUGCAGGAAGUCUGUCCUUCUACAGCGUCUCUGACACGAUGAGGCUCGUCCACAGAGUCCACACCACAUUCACUCAGCCUCUAUACGCUGGGUUUGGGCUCGAUUUGCAUUCAACUCUGAGGCUGUGUGAUGCAAAUUAACGUGUCUGUAAUGUUUUGUGAUCAGUAACAGGUAGAUAUAUGUAGUUACUCCUGCUUAUUUCAGUAAAUGGAAAAACACUGGGUUUACACUCAGUUUGGGAUCAUCACCUACACUGUUGUACACAGUCAAAUUAAU